GCUCAUCACGAAAGCGACGAAAGGCUGAGCAUUGUCCUAACGGUGGGCUGCUGUUCGGUCGGCAGGAUGCACCUUAUUUCAUGAACCGUGGAAGACAAAGAGCAGUGACUUGGACAACACUAACUGCGAACGAUGUUGUUGUAGACUGGACACUGCCUGGCUGUGAAAUAUCGUUGGAUACUUGUCUCAUAUACGUGGUGGACGCCAUCUUCCCCUCGUCUCUCUGGUGGUGAAUGUGCAUUUCUCCCACAAGGAAGCGUUCAUCAAACCUACCGUGUGGUUUCGUUCGGACUGUUCGUGGCUGCCGCGGACUCUUCGUCGGCACUCUGUUCUUGGGAUAACGGUUCAGAGCCAACGUUAGGUGUGCAAGAGGAGCAGCUUCCCCUUGUGCGGACGUGACUAGCGACGCUGGGUGGAAGAGGUAUCAUGGAGCGGGACACCAAUCAGAUGUCGCAAAGUGGGGCCUUGUGCCGGUCCGGUUGUGGUUUUUACGGCAGCCCAGCAACGGACGGUCUCUGUUCACAAUGCUACAAAGAUGCCCUCAAGCGCAAACAGACAGCUGGGAGGGGCAGCCCAACAGUGAUGUCUUCGCUUGGGCUUGCAGCUUCAUCCUCCUCUUCAAGCAGCGAGAGUGCCUCUUCCGCCAGCGUCGCAGCAGUGUCUGACCCUGCCCUGAACACAGCUAGCCCCACAGUUCCUCCUGUUCUGGCAUCCACAUCUCAGGAUGCAGCCGUCAGCGAGGCCUGUUGCUUGUUGCAGAAGGCAGACCUGAACCUGGAUGCAUGUGGUGCGCCAUCAAAAUCUACAGAGAGUGUGACCUCAGAAACAGGCAGCCAGCAAGACGACCAGAAGGACCAGAAGAAAAAGAAAAAUCGGUGUCGGAUAUGCCGCAAAAAGGUCGGCCUCACGGGCUUCCAGUGUCGCUGUGGGGGUCUCUUCUGCAGCCUCCACAGAUAUUCCAACGAGCACGACUGUACGUUUGACUAUAAGGAAAUGGGUGCUCAGGAGAUCCGAAAGAACAAUCCUGUGGUGGUAGGGGACAAGAUCCAGAAGAUUUGAGGGCCUGCACGUGUAGGGUGCUGCAUCUUUUUUUUUUGGUCCGUGGGGGAGGGGUCGUGCGCUCAUGAGGAGAGCAGAAGAAGAAAAAAAAAAGCAUCACGCAAGCAAGAUUGCAGCCAAGUUUUUUCUUUUUUCUUUGAAACUUCGUGACCCUCUUUCCUAGCCUUUCUUUUGUGACUUUUUCUUCUCUUCCCUUACAUUGUCGUCUGCCAUUGCCAGUUGCUGCUGCCAUUGCUGCCAGUGUCUCGUGACAGCCAGAUACUUUUCUUUUUUUUCCUUUUAAAGAACCUUGUGAAUGUGAAGCACAUUUUGUUGGCAGGUUUUUGCUAGUGCUGAUACUGCUUUCUCUACUCUUUCUCUCAUUCACUUGACAUAUUUUAGCAGGAACAAAUGCAGACCAAGAAGUGUUAGGUACAUUAAAAAAUUCAUAGUGUGCCCAGCCUCUGGUGCACUUGUAAAGAUUUUUCUUCUUCUUUUCUCUCUGCAUGGUCUUGCUUCUUCUUGUUUGUGUGAAAUAAUUCUGGUUUUCUUUUUAUUUGGAGUGAAUGCACAUGUGUGUGAGUGUGUGUGUGUGUGCAUGUGUGUCUGUGAAUCCUGACAGGGCUGAUCAUGCCCCAUGCCCUGCUGUUGUGCUUAUACCAAUGUUAAGUGCAUGUAAUUAGAUCAGUUUAUUCUUUUGUUUUCUUCAUGGACACCAUUAAAGUGCGGGUGUCGCUGCCUCUUCAAAAAAAAAUGUUGGUAGUACACUUGAUGAUUUUAGCCUUUUUUUUUUUUUCCAUUGACCUCACUCUGGGCUGUGCGAGUGUAUUGCAUUGCAGUGAAAAAAGUGUUGCAUUGUUGUGUGAUAUUGGUGGCUCAUCCGUACUUUUACGUUUCCUGCUCGUUCCUCCAAUGAAAGUGGAAGCUGCGCAUAGCAGCCAGGGCUGCUGGAAGAAGCUGGUGUUUUUCUUGGCUUGUCACAGCUAGUCCAAAUGCAGAAAAUUGUCCACAGUAUAUUUUUGGGCUCUCAACAGGCGGUCUGCUUGAUGGAUAAGUUGCAAAUGCAGACUUUCACGUCGCUGGCUAGCAGAGCCUGGAGGUUAAAUGCAAUUGACGAGCUUGUAGUAAGCUGAAAAGAUGCAGAGUACUAUGAUUUAAAACAGGGCUGCUAAGAUGGUUCAUGCAGCUUUGAUAGCAAAUGGGCAAAGCAAGUCUUCGGGUGCACUGCAAUUUAGUUUUUGUAUGCUGUGAACGAAGCUUCCUUCUGCAUGGUUUAUAGUCCGAAAGUUUUCCGACUGCUGUUUGACCUUGGCGGUACAAAGUUAGCACAGUAAAAUCUGCCUAUACUUUUUGUGUGUCUGCGCGCGCGUGUGUGUGGUGUGAGCGCUGUUUUGGCGCUGUGGCCGGUCAUUCACUUGGGUAUUGGUGAAAUUAUACUGUGCAGUGCUAACUGUCGAAGUUAAGACUUGUUUUCUUUUUCUAGUAAUAGGCAGUGGUUACAGAAUGUGGAGACCACUUUGUAUUAUAUCUUCUUGUACAAAUAAACAUUUCGAAAUCA